GAGAUUGCAUGGACAUGUGAUUUAUGAACCUGUUGUAUUGUGUGUGGCUAAAACACCUGAAGUUAAUAAUUAGGAGGUCUGUCCACAUACUAUAUAUAAGCAUUCAUUUUCUUAUCUGAAGAAUAGUCUGUGAUAUAAUAUGCUACUUUCUUUACCGGCUUACAAACAUCUGUCUGCACCAUUUCAGGGUUUCAUUACAGGAAAACAACACAAGUAUCGAUACAGAGCCUGGCCUGAAAGUACCCCAAGCUGCAGGACCAGCGCAGGGUCGCCAGUUAGGCCCAUAAUCACUGUGUUACAGCCUUUAUUACAGCCUUUAUUAAAGCCGCUCGGCUGCCUGACUCGCCGUCCUGCCCUCAGUGCGCUACGUCACGAGGCAGGCUUUAGGCGGACGUGUAGCUAUGAAAAUAGAGGAACAGCCACCGGCGCCAUGUGUGUGUGUACCGCGGGACUCGGGGAAAGGUUAAAAAGCUGAAGAGAAGCGCCUGAUUUUCUGCUGUUUUAUUUACCGGGAGCUCAGCAGCGCGAGUCCGGCGGAGCGACGCGAUGUAGCGGGUUUGAGUUUGUAAGUUGGCCGCUACAGUUGGAGCGAAGAGGAAACAGCCACCGAUCCAGAAGUAAAACAACAGCUGGUGUGGAGUCAUGGAAGGACGCACACGGGAAGGUGCAGGGCCAGAUACAGACCAAGAUCGGCAGUAUUGUGAGCUCUGUGGUAAAAUGGAGAACCUUAUGAAGUGUGGUCGCUGUCGCAGCUCUUUCUACUGCAGCAAGGAUCACCAGAAACAGGACUGGAAGAAGCACAAGCAGGUCUGCAAGCAGGCCGAAACCAACCCCGGCCACACACCACACACACCACACACACACUCAGCUCAACUUUGCCGAGAUAACGUCAAUAAGGAGCCGGAACCGCUGCAGAAACAGCAGAAGAGCUGUACGGUCUCAGAAAAGUCAACUGGGUCUUCCAAACCACAUGUGGACACUGGAAGAAGUGCCCCACUGCUCAAGCCUGUGUCAGGAACCGUGAGCGCAUGUGACCCUCAACAGACUGGUGAUGAUACUUCCAACGGGCAGACUAUGUCUCCUCAGCAAAAACUGGCCACAGAAUAUAUAGGCCCAUGUAUGAACAAGCAUGGCAUCUGUGUUGUGAACAACUUCCUUGGUGAAGAACUUGGACUCAGUGUGUUAGAAGAGGUUCGUGCUCUCUACAUCUCUGGAGAAUUUACAGAUGGACAAUUGGUCAGUCAGAGAAGUGACUCAACUAAGGACAUAAGGGGAGAUAAGAUCACUUGGAUCGAGGGAAAGGAACCUGGAUGUGAGAAGAUAGCUGUCCUAAUGAGCCGCAUGGACGAUGUUGUCCGACACUGCAAUGGAAAACUGGGAAACUACAGGAUAAAUGGAAGGACAAAAGAACAUGGUGGUAUCUUACGGAUCUUUCCAGAUGGCAAAGCCCAGUUUGCUGACAUUGAGCCCCUAUUUGACAGACUGCUGUUUUUUUGGUCAGACAGACGGAACCCACAUGAGGUCCAGCCUGCAUACGCCACUCGGUAUGCUAUUACUGUGUGGUAUUUUGAUGCUGAUGAGCGAGCUCGGGCUAAAGAGAAAUACCUAACUGGUGCAGUAGAAAAAGGGGGAAAAGUGGAGCUGAACCGGUCGACUGAGCCAUGCUAAUGAACAAGAGUUGAACAAACCUGCUGAAAGGAUGAGGAAAAGAAUGAAAUGGAAUAGGUGUUAACCUUCAGAAUGUUUUUUACCUGCUGCUUGAAGACAUGAAUACCGUACAAAGGAAGGACAAAAAUGACUGUGCUCCAUCUUAAUUGUGCUAGUGCUGUGCUAAAUGAGCAGGCAUGCAAUAACCCACCACUGCAUGUGUAGGAACAUAUACAAAGUGUUUAAAUUAAGUAAGUGUGUCUGUGCUGCAAUCAGGAAACAAGAAGUCAUUUGUAAAUAUAAUAAAUUCUCAGACAGCCCAGAAGAAACAUGAUACAGUGUACUUAACAUCCAAAGUAUACAUGAGUAUACAACAAUUACAAUUGCAUUAUUUAUUCCGGUCUGUUUUUUUGAUGGAUACAACCUACGCUUGUCCAAUCCAGGUUAUAUGGAAUUCUUUUUGCACCCAUUGUCUGGUGAUAGCAUAUUUGUAAUGUCUUUGCCAAUGUUGAACAAUAUGAAUGUCUGUUAUCACAGACAUGAUGUCUUCUGUUUGUGAUCGAUUCCUCCAUCUUAGUUUACAGCUCUGAAUUUAAAUUUAAAAAACACCCUUUUUUGUUGACGGUGAUGCCACAAUUAUCAGACAUUAGCAGCGUGAAAUACUGACAUACCAAAAUUCUUUCAUUUGUACAGGACCUCCUCAGACAUACUGAAAAUGUGAAUAUCUCAUGGUUUAUAGACAAUAGGUUAAUACAAGCUAAAACAUUCAGCUCAAUAAUUUAAUAAUAAUGCAGAGGGAAAACAGAGAUCUCCCUGCAGCUCAGAUCAGGCAUGUCCUUGCAAUACAACACAUAUUCACAUAUUGCAUUUAGCAUCAUUUAGUAGUGUGGCAUAUAUAGCAAUAUAGCAUAAUUUAAUACGCAGAGAUUGCCCUUCACUAAAACUGUAUUGCGUAAAAAGGGGCCCCUAGUAAAAAAACAAGAAUAGAAGAAAGCUGGGGUUAGUACAGCAGUCAGCUUUAGAUCAUUUCACAUCUUUUACUUAUUCAGGUCUUAAUAUCUGCAGAAGAUCUACACAGUGCACACUGGUCAUUCAUAGCUUAAAUGAAAGAAGUCACUUGGGCCUUCAAAUACAUUGAGAUAAAUGACUAAAUUUGUCUAAUUCAUAUUAAUUCUGAGAACUGUAAAACCAGACAUUUUCAAAAAAGCCGUUUUUGUUUGUGUUUAUUAUUACAGUGUAAAUUGUCCUGAAGGAAUGUUUUCUGUAGCGGGACAACUUAAUAGACUUGAUUAAUACAUGAAACAAAUUGAGGCAGUUAUCUAACAGCAUUAAGGGUGUCUGCAGCAAUUUCUACAGGUUUUUUUUUUAACCCAAAACCUACCAAACAUAUCUAGUUUUUUUUAUUACAUUAUUAUAAUAAUCACCAAUUUUUCUUUAUUAAUUCUAAUGCUGUUAAUUGGUGAUUUUUGCUUGUAAUAAAAUCUGUCGACUAGAUUGGAGCAGUGUAAAAGAAAUAAUGUAGCUGCUUUUAACAAAUGUGAACAAAAUGAUUUAAAUUAUAUUAAUUACAUUAAUAGAAUUUUUAGGUUUAUUACUUCAUUUGUAAAACCUAAAGGUCCUUUACAAAUUAUAAAUCAUAAUGCAGUUUAUAAAUUACCACCAUUAGCUGUCUGUUUUAGAUUUAUAUCAUGAAAAAGUACAUCCUGGGAUGAUCUAAGCUUACACUCUUCAUUGUCUUCAUGAGCGUGUAAAGAGAAGGGAGGGCUCUUCAAACGAGCACCGAAGGGAAUGUGACCUUAUACAGCAGCCUCAUAGGGUAUGAAAAACCACCAAUCAGGACGAGCUGUUAAGGCUAUAGAAAAUAAAAAAGAUUAUGGGGUAAAAGGUGAGCACUGAGCAAAAACCUCUGGAACAAGAGGUUCAGUAUUUCAGAACGCAUCGUGUUGCACAAAGGGAGAGUCAGGUCGUUUUUGAGAUUUCAUCAGAAAAAGCCACUGUACAUGGCAGUCUGAAAUUUCACAUGCAUAUAAUGAUGUAGUUAUAAAGAAUCAUGAAAAGGAGAUAUUAAUGAUAACAUUGAUAUGUUCUCAUUACUAACUUUUAAUGUUUGACCUAAUUCUGAAGUACAUGCUGGCAACUAAAACCAUUAGGGUACAAUAUGAAAGUAGUAGUCCCUGUUUUGCAAGUGCUGCUGUAAUGCCCCGUUGGUACACGUCCAGAAAUUGAUUUUUGCUGCCUCACAGCUCCAGGGGUCCCCGGUUCGAUCCUGAGCUUGGGUUACUGUCUGUGCGGAAUUUCAGUGCAUGUUCCCCCUCUGUCUACACGGGUUUCCUCCGGGUUUCCUUCCACCUCCCAAAAACAUGCAGGUGGGUGGAUUGGCUAAGAUAAAUUGCCCCUAGGUGUGAAUGGUUGUGUGAGUGUGUGUGUGUGCAUGGUACCCUGUGAUGGACUGUGAUCGACAGGGUGUAUCCCUGCCUCACGCCCAGUGUUUCUGGCUCCGGAUCCACGGCACCCCUGACCGUAUAAGCAGUUAGAGCAAUCUCUGAAAAAUAACCCAUUCAAAAAUUACUACUGUUUAGUCUGGCUAAUCUCUGUCCCAAAUGAAUCACAAACAGAAAUAAAUCUUGAAAUGUGUAUGUGUGUAUGAAAGAGGGUGGAAGGAGGAGGGUGGCAUUCUGCUCUCCCGACAAAUCAGAAAACUAACCAAUCACAGGUAUUGGUGAGCUCGUGUAUAAGUUACAGAAAAGUAUGUAAAGGGUAUUGCUCUCUUCCAAGUGCUUUCAGAUGCCCUGACACUGCAUGAGCAGCAGUUUGAAAAGAUACAGUGGCUGCCUUUAUGUUUGUAAGAAAAGCAUGUAUUAGCAUCACCCAUGCCAAAUGAAUGUAUAUCCACUUUAAUAGGAACACCUGUACACCUGCUCAUUUAUGCAGUUAUCCAAUCAUUCACUAAUGUGGCAGCAGCACAAUGCAUAAAGUCAUGCAUAUACAGGACAAGAGCUUCAGUUAAUGUUCACAUCUCUGUGACUUUAACCAUGGCUUGCUGGUGCCAGAUGGGCUGGUUUGAGCAUUUCAUAAACUGCUGAUCUGGGAUUUUCAUGCACAGCAGUCUCCACAGUUUACACAGAAUGGUGCAAAAUACAAAAAACACUGAGUGAACGACAGUUCUGUGGGUGGAAAAGCCUUGUUAGUAAGAGAGAUCAGAGGAAACUGGCCAGGAAGGAUAUAAUAACUCUAAUAAACACUCUUUACAAUCUUGGUGAGCAGAUGAGUAUCUCAGCAGUGUGGGUGAGUCUGUGCUCAUGAGAGCCUCAGAUUCCUGUUCUUGGCUUACAGGAGUGGAACCUGAUGUGGUCUUCUGCUGUUGUAGCUCAUCCACCUCAGUGUUUGAUGUGUUGUGUAUUCUGAGAUGCUUUUCUGCUCAGUACAGUUGUAAAGAGUGAGUAUUUGAGUUACUACAGGCUUCCUGUCAGCUCAGACCAGUCUGGUCAUUCUCCUCUGAUCUCUCUCAUCAAGUAGGUGUUUCUGCCUGCAGAUCCUCUGCUCACAGGAUGUUUUUUGUUUCUCACACCAUUCUGUGUAAACUCUAGAGACUGUUGUGUGUGAAAUUCCCAGGAGAUCAGCAGUUUCUGAAAUACUCAAACCAGCCCAUCUGGUACCAACAACUAUGCCACAAUCAAAGUCAGAGAUCACACUUCUUCCCCAUUCUGAUGUUUGAUGUGAACAUUAACUGAAGCUCUUGACCUGUAUCUGCAAGAUUUUAUGCAUUGUGCUGCUGCCACAUGAUUGGCUGAUUGGAUAAUUACAUGAAUGUGCAAGUGUACAGGUGUUCCUAAUAAAGUGGACGGUUAGUGUAUAUUUAUAAUGACUGGCCAUUGUCAUAGCCCUCUCCUACCAAUACAGUACCUGUCUGUUUUUAUUUUUUUAAAUGAAGGUGAGUCAAAUGAAACCUUUUUUUUAUUUUGCAUUGUUUAUUGCACAUAGGUGUCACAAAAUGUACAUCAUAUUUCUCUAUCUGUGCUGCCGCCUGUGAAUGAUUAUUGAAGACUCACAUAAAUUACAGCUGUGUACAGUCUCUUUCUCUAAUUUAUGUUGCACUUUUAGGGUUUUAAUUUGACUCACCCAUGUAUUUAAAUUUUCUAUAAUAAAAUAUAUUAAUUUUUACCAUAUAGUGUUUUGAUUUGAUUAGAGAACUGCGUAUUCAACAAAAUGGUAUUUUUAAUAUAAUUCUUUCUCUGAGAUUUUUGCCAAAACAUUCAUGUGAUGUACUUAGAUGUCCUUUAAUUGCUAGAAAAAAAAUACCUUAGUCUGUAAAGACUUUGUUUUAUUUCUUUACAUCUACAGUGUCCAGUGAUAAUUAUUUACACUGCUGAAAAAAAAAGAUAAAAAAUAUUUUCAUAUGUCACAUAUACAGUUUGUAGAGCCUUACGGUAAUCUUUGAUGUUGCUUUUCAAAACUGAGUUACAGUAAUUCAUUAUAUAUACAAUACUGUGCAAAAGUUUUUUUGUUUGUUUGUUUGUUUUGUUUUGUUUUGUUUUGUUUUGUUUUGUUUAAGCCUAAAGUGAACGGUGAGGUUGUAGGUCUGAGCUGGCCAACUUAAUUCUGUAAGUGCUUUCACUCCAGGCAGGUCUUAAUCAUGUUUGAAAUGUAUUUGGAUGGUUAUCAGAUGAAAUUUGAUUUGUGAUUCAUAAUGACCUGUAUUUAAUUUAAACAUGCAUUCAUAUGACUGAAUAUUGAAAUAUAUGCAAUAAAUUGUGAAAUUUCCUAAGUCAUUAAAAAUUCAUCUGACUUUUCUAUUGA